AUGCCAGCCCCUAUUGUGUAUGAGGGCCAGGUGCACGGCCAUGGAGGAAGGUUAUUCAAGGACAUCAAGUUUUGGGUCGCGCAUCGUGUGCCUAUGCGUGCGACAUGGAUACAGGACAUCGAGAACAAUGGCGGGAGUAUCGAGAAGCUGGAGAAGAACGCAGACUAUCUGAUCGCGGAUCAUGUGAGGAAAGACGCGCCAGCAGGCUCGUGUUCUUGGAAAUGGAUAGAGGACUCCGUCAAGAGCGGUCAGCUCCUCGAUCCAAACGACUACUCGAUCAACCUGCCGGGUACCGCAUCACGGCCUGUUGGCUCAGUCCAGCAGAGGACUACCCGAACCGCCUUCACACGAGAGGACGACGUCCUUCUUGCUAGAUAUGUGACAAAGCACGAGCGAAAUGGCUUGGCGGUUCAGGGGCUGGCCAUUUAUAAAAUCUUGGAGAAGAAGUAUCCUCAUCAUACCUAUCAAUCGUGGAGGGAUCGGUGGGUUAAGAAGUUGCAACAUCAGCCAAGGCCUGAAGUCUCCGACAGCGAACUGUCUCCACCUCCUCCGGACGACCAUCCUGCUCAUGCUUCUGCCCCAUCCCCCGCAGCAAGACGGACGGGCUCUCAAACACCCCAAGUUACCACAGCGCCUACCGCGGAUCCAGCGUCAGGUCGUAGGCCGACCAGAGCGAGAUUUAGUACAGACGAGGACGAGCUAGUCAUUCAGUAUGUCAAGGAAUGUGAGAAGUUCAACAAGUCACUAUCCGGAAGCAUCAUCUGGAAAGAGCUCGCCGAAGAUUUUCCUCAACAUUCUUGGCAAUCCUGGAGGGAGAGGUGGCUCAAACAACUGAAACCCCGUUUGCAAAGUCGCGAAGAUGAUGAGUUGAGCCGGCCGGCCACCCCUUCUUCCGUGGGUAGCCGUGUCGAGCAAGUACGUAACAGGAAGAGCCCUCGAAAGCCUGCCCUGGAAGCGGUGCAAGAGGGUGAGUCCGCACCUCAUACGAAAACGAACACCACGACUCGAUCGCCCGUAAUCGAGAAACGCAGGCGUGGGCAGCAAGAAGAACUUAUAAAGGCAGAGGGUAUGGGGAAGGAACAUUAUCCAGAACCAGCCAUCUCAGGUCGCAGGAAUACAAGCGAAGUCGCUCCCACAGACGAGCACGAGUCCAAUGUUGCCGAAUCAUCACGGCAGAGUGGGGACUCCAGAGCGCACCAAUCUAACGAAGAUCCUCCUAGCCCUUCUGUAUCCUCAUCCCAAGCACUCCUUUCCGAAGGCAAGGAACAGUUUUACAGGGACUUAGGGGUCUUUGCAGCCAAUGACAGUCAGAGAGACUCCCCGUUGAACCUGUGGCCAACAAUACAGGGACGCACUUUUGAACUAUGGGAUCUGUGGAAUGCUGCCAUCUCCAAGAAAGUUGACCCUGUGGAGCGCGACUGGCAGCAGAUCGCCGAGGAUCUGGGCUAUGACUGGAUACAACUGCCCGACGCGCCAGACGAGAUCAGACGCUGCUACGAGGCUAAUCUUUCAGCAUUUGAGGAAGUACUUGAGGGGUUUGAGGAAGAAGAUGAAGAAGACGAAGAGGACGAGGCAAACACCCUACCUGCCAUACAGCCAGAAGUAUUCCCUGAAAGCUCCAAUGCUCCAUUCAACUCAUCCCCUCCAAAGCAACCUUCUCUCAAGCGAAGGUUUGAAUUGGAACUGCCCUCUGACCACCUCUAUCCCGAAUCUGCGAGAAAACGCUCAAGGCUGAGCCGCGAUGGUGAGGUUCCAUCAACGCCCGAUACGAAAAAUGGCACAUCCCAUCUGCGGCACUCCAUCAGCGCUGGCGUAUCACCCAGCGAUCAGAAGCUCUCCGGCCUACCCAAGUCUUCAAGAGCAGCUCACCACCACAAUGCGAGGGCACUACUCAAUACAGAAGACGAACACACGAAUGACCAAAUACAUGAACCACCUGUUGACGAUGAGGACGCCCUUGAAACGCAGCCAGAAAUGACGCCCUCGCAGCAGCUUCACAGCGAGUUUAACGCAGAGAAUCGGCGUCGACAACUCAAUGAGCAGACUUCACCCACACCUAAGAGGAACGUCAAGUCGCCAUUCGUGGUGGAUGAUGAAGAUAACGAUUCGGAUGACGAUGACAUGGUGGAACAAAUCACGCCCAAACCUCUAUUCGGCAAAGGACCUAAUCCGCUCUUGUCUCAACCAGAACUGUUGAAAGUCAAGCGCCGCUCUUUGCCAGCGUCAUUGAUGGCGAGCUCGAAAUCGGCACCAGCACAACGCAAGUCAAUGCCAGGCCCAUCUCGAAGUCCUGCCCAAAAGUCACCAAGUCCACCAGCUCCUCCACGCCAACAGACGCAGGCCGAGAAGCUGGCCGACGUGGUGGAUUACUGGACGUCACUUGGCUACCCGCGGGCAGUAGCGCGGCGGUGCCUGGAGGCCACGACAUGGGAGCCUGGCUUGGCUGGACGCCUUAUGCAGAUGCUCAAGGAUGGAGAGUCCAUGCCUACCAAUUGGGAAGGCGUGUGGUCGCCGCGCGACGAUGAGAGUCUUUUGCGGAUCGACGCUGCAGAUGCCGCUGGCGAUGAGAAGGAGGCGCGGAAACGCCAGCGUGCGCUUGAUAGGCUUCUUGACAAGCAUGGGGAGGAGCGCAUCACGCUCAGGAGGAAAUGGCUGGCUACCAAGGCGAAGCUGUGA